AUGACGAUCAAGCGAAGAAAUCAUGGACGCAAUAAGAAGGGCCGUGGACAUGUUCGAGCAAUUCGUUGCACUAACUGUGGACGUUGUGCUCCAAAAGAUAAGGCAAUCAAAAAGUUUGUAGUAAGGAAUAUUGUCGAAGCUGCUGCUGUGAGAGAUAUCUCGGAUGCCUCUGCUUAUGAAUCAUAUCCUUUGCCAAAACUAUAUCACAAGCUACACUAUUGCGUUUCUUGUGCAAUUCAUAGCAAAGUAGUACGCAACCGUUCCCGCGAAGCCAGAAAGGAUCGUAACCCCCCUCCAAGGUUUGGCCAACGUGCAGGUGGCGAUCGUUUCCCUAGGCCAGGCAUGCAGAACAGAGCUUGA